AUGGAAGCAUCGUCGCCUCUGGCGGCUCUGCACCGCCCAAUGCCUGCUCCUUCAUGGGGAGGCAGAGACAUCUUCCGUUCUCAGUUCAAGAACAAGUCUGCCUCGGGAUCUCUCAGCCUGCGCGAGCAGCUGCAUAAGGGCACAGGAGACCUCUUCGACAUCAAGGGCGUCCGGGGAUCGUCUCCUGCUGCGAGCCUGGCGGCUGAUCUGUCCCAGAACUUGGAGAUCGAUAAUGAGGCCAGUCCCAAGCUCCUGACGCCUCGACGAGCGCUUUUCACGGCAAAGGUUGUCGGCGACGUGAGCGGCCAAGACUUUGUGGCAACUACUCCUCUGCCACCAUCCUCGCCUAUCCGGGCUCCCGGGACCAUAGAGUCGUCCCCUCUCCCCCACAAGGUGACUUUCAGCAAUGUCGUGGAGAUUGCAUCGCCCACACCUACUUCUUCGGUUUUCAACGACUCCCCCAUGCUUGACUCUCCGGCCCCGAUUUCGCGUCAACCGAUAGCAGGCCCAAGGCGGACGACUUCUGGUCGGUUGAAGACGCUUUCCAGUGGUGGUCUAUCUGGCUCUCAGACUUCGUCACUUCAGUUUGGAGCUGUUACCGCAACCCUUUCGCUCGACGAGUGUUUCGACUCCGCUUCUCCUCCACAAGAUCGCAGCAGCAGCAGGCCUUCGUUGUCCAACAGCCCCUGCCCGCCCAUUCCCAUCGGUCUUCGUGCAAGGUCUCAAUUCGCAAGUGUCGUCGCAGGGAACAACCGCAAUGGCUCGCCAGGCGGCUUUCAUUCUAGGAGACAGUCGAACCCGUUUUUGAGAACCCGAAAGCAAUUCCGUCGCUCUUUGAGCAUGUUUGAAAGCCCUUCGGACGUCAUGAAGCCGAAGCCAGAGGCAGCCCUUGCCGCUUCCCCCAUUCUCAAAUCCUCCGUGGCUGACAUUGAAGAGGCUCACGAGCCCAUCAUCCCUCAUUUCCUCACCGAUGAUCCUACGGACACCAUCCCUCGAAUAACGAAAGAGACCAUGCUGGCCAUUUUGGAUGGCAAGUACAGCGAUAAGUUUGCUCAACGCAUGGUCAUCGACUGUCGUUUCGAGUACGAGUAUGAAGGCGGCCACAUUGAUAGCGCUGUCAACCACAACAACAAGGAACUGUUGGCUAACCAGCUCUUCGAAACCCCAAUGGACGGCUUGACUCUACUAAUCUUUCACUGUGAAUACUCGGCCCACAGAGCCCCCCUCAUGGCGCGUCACAUUCGCUCCCAUGACCGCACCAUCAACGCAGAGCACUACCCUCGCCUGACCUAUCCGGAGAUUUACAUUCUGGACGGUGGCUACAGCGGCUUCUUUGCUGAGCACCGCUCGAGGUGCUUUCCUCCCGAGUACGUCGAAAUGUCAGACGAAAAGCAUCAGCGUACCUGUGAGAGAGAGAUGGGUCGCCUAAAGGCCCGGAAGCCUUUUGGGCGUGCGCAGACGUUUGCCUUUGGCCAGCGGAGCACGAGCCUUCAUGAUUCUCCCACAGGACCAUCUCGUCCUCACUCGCGGAACCGCAAUGCUUCGCCCCCUCCUGCUGCUUCGUCCCCUGCUGCUUCCACCACCGACUCGCCCUGUGUUGGUGACCGAGCACAGAGUCGCCGCAUGGCUUCCUACUAGUACUAGCCCAUACCAUACGACGCUUAUGGUGUCCAAUAUGUGGUUUGUCCGGAGCUGCCGCUGGGG